UCCCAAGAAAUGGUAUAGAUAAGUGAUUUUGAAUAAAGUUCACAACUUUGAUGCAGAAUAAAAUUUUAUCUGUGCUUUUUGUUGCUGAGAAAUCAAAGCACCAGUAUGCCAUUACAUCGGACAAUGAUGGUUUAUGCAACUUUAUGGACUGCAGCAGACAUUGUGGAACAAAAGUACAUAUCAAAGAAAGAACAACAUAAUGUACAAAAAACUGUCAGGAUUGCCACUGUUGGAACCUUUGUGAUAGCACCAUUAGUAUUUAACUGGAUUAAAUUUGCAGAGAGAUUGUUUCCUGGAAAAAGUGUCAGAACAGUAUUGACAAAAGUUCUUAUUGAGCAGGUUACAUUUGCACCUGUAUCAAUAACAAGCUUCUAUGCAGCUACAAGCAUAUUAGAACGUAAAAAUUUCAUAGAAGAACUAAAGGCCAAAUUUCCAGUUACAUGGAAGACUGGAAUAACAUUCUGGCCUUUUCUUCAAGUGAUCAACUUUGGACUUGUACCAUUGAAUUACCGUCCUUUUGUGGUGGCUGGAGGGUCAUUUGUAUGGUCAAUAUUUCUAUGUUUUAUGAAGGAAGAUAAAAAGAAUGGAGGAGCAAUAGAAUUAGAGAUAGUUCCACCAAUAACUCAAAAGAAGGAAACCAAAAAUACAAGUUAAUGAAUGUUAAGCUUAGGCACCUAUCAAAUCUGUGAUUAAUUUUAAUUAUUGUGAAUAUUCAGGAUUUUAUAAAUUAGUUAGGAUUUUCAAAUCUUAUACCACUGUGGAUUCAUUUGUAUUUGCUGGUAUCAAUUUUCAUGUUUUGGGGAAGAUAGCUAUGUUGAUGGUAAAAUGUACUUUAGUUUGGUGACUUUUAUGGUUUACCUUUAUUAAUCUAUUUGUAACUUAAUGUUUUGUUAAGAAUUCAAAUUUGUUAUUUCUUGUUAAGAAAAAUCAAAGAAAAAUGGUAUCCAACAAAUACAAAUGAAUCUAUGGCUGAUUUUAUUUAUUAUUUAAUAUUUAUUAUUAGCUGGUUACUUUGUUUAAUUAACUUACAUCUUUCAACUCCUGUUAGCGCCAUGUGUCGCAUAGGAUGCAAAGUGUUUAAUUAAAGUUAAUCUAUUGCAAAAAAAAAUUUUUUUUAUACU